GGAGCGCAGAGCCGGGUAUCUUUUUCCCGGCUUCCUCUACCUUCUCGCCGGACCGUGGUCCUGGCCACAGGUGACCCUUUCCCCAGCCGCAGUGGGCGCGUGGCAGGUGACCAUGGACAGUGCUGCAGGUGCCAACCAGAGCACGACUGAGUCCCCACCCACCGAGGGGCAAGUGGAGAGCAUCGCUCGGCAGUUGCCUCAGGAAGAACAGGGGCCACUUCUUUAUCAUGAGGAAACCAUUGAUCUUGGUGGAGACGAAUUUGAGUCUGAGGAGAACGAGACCAUAUCAGAAGAUUCUAAUAAUUUCAUAGGUAAACUUAAUGAGCACAUGAUGGAGAGUGUCCUCAUUUCUGACUCUCCUAAUAAUAGCGAAGAUGACACGGCUGACCUUGGUUGUUUGCAGGAUGUCUCAGAAUCUACAGAAGGCAACACUGAUCACAGGCUGGAAAAUAUUGUAGAUAAAGGAGCAGUUGACACUCUGAGUAAUGACAGUGACAGUGACGGAGAGGAAACGACCAAAGAUGUCUCAGACAUGACCUCUGACAGAGCGUCAUUGAAGGAAGACCCAGAGCAAGGAGUGAAAGGUGUGCCCGCCUCUGAAGAUGAAGAUGCAGAGGACUCAGGCCCCAGGGACAGAGACACUCCCCCAGAGGGGCCGUCAGAGCUGUCCUCCAGACAGGCCUCUCUCAAAGACGAGCCGGUACCCGUGUGCACCAUCUUCAGCCAGGCCCAGCCCGCACACUCCCAGCCACCCCUGUUUCCACGGGAUGGCUUUGAGUCUCAGAUGGUGAAGUCUCCUAGUUUCAGCGGCACAAGUGAGGCAGCAGCCAAGACCCCUCCUCAGGUGGUCCAGCCAAGCCCCAGCCUGAGUAAAUUUUUUGGGGAUUCAACCAACACUAAUUCCUUGGCCUCAGACUUCUUUGAUUCCUUCACAACUUCCAGUUUCAUUUCCGUCAGUAAUCCCAAUGCAGGCUCUUCAGUUCCAGAAAAACUGUCUUCUCUCGCUACUCCGAUAGGAGAAAAAUCCCCAGGUUCUGCUGACCCUUCUUACUCCCCAGGAAUUGAAAGAUCAGAAUCCGAUGUUUCCACGGCUUCUGUAGAAAUUCCUCAGUCUCCAAAACCGUUUUCACAGAUCCAGGCUGUGUUUGCAGGGAGCGAGGACCCCUUUGCCACCGCUCUGAGCAUGAGCGAGAUGGACAGGAGAAACGAUGCCUGGCUUCCCGGGCAGGGGACCAGGGACGUCUUGAUUUCAGUAGCAACCCAACAGUACAGCACAGUGUUCGUAGACAAAGAGAACCUCACCAUGCCUGGCCUUAAGUUCGACAACAUCCAGGGAGAUGCAGUUAAAGACUUAAUGCUCCGCUUCCUGGGUGAAAAAGCUGCGGCAAAGAGACAGGUCUUAAAUGCCAACUCAGUGGAACAGUCUUUCGUUGGACUGAAGCAGCUAAUUAGCUGCAGAAACUGGAGGGCAGCAGUGGACCUGUGCGGGCGCCUCCUCACGGCCCACGGCCAAGGCUACGGCAAGAGCGGGCUGCCUACCAGCCAUACGGCAGACUCACUGCAGCUUUGGUUUGUGAGGCUGGCACUGCUGGUCAAGUUGGGCCUCUUCCAGAAUGCCGAAAUGGAGUUUGAGCCUUUUGGAAAUCUAGAUCAGCCCGACCUCUAUUAUGAAUACUACCCUCACGUGUACCCUGGGCGCAGGGGCUCCAUGGUGCCCUUCUCAAUGCGGAUCUUACAUGCGGAGCUUCAGCAGUACCUGGGGAGUCCCCAGGAGUCCCUGGACAGGCUGCACCGAGUGAAGGCCGUCUGCAGCAAGAUCCUAACAAAUUUGGAGCAAGGCUUAGCCGAAGAUGGGAGCAUGAGCAGCAUUUCACAGGAGAACAGACGAGCCUCCAUCCAGCUGUGGAGGUCCCGCCUGGGCCGGGUCAUGUGCUCCAUGGCCAACUGCCUGCUCCUCAUGAAGGACUACGUGCUGGCCGUGGAUGCGUACCAUUCUGUCAUCCAGUACCACCCCGAGCAGGAGCCGCAGCUGCUGAGCGGCAUCGGCCGCAUCUUCCUGCAGAUUGGAGACAUAAAAACAGCUGAAAAGUAUUUUCAAGACGUGGAGAAAGUAACACAGAAAUUGGAUGGACUGCAGGGUAAAAUAAUGGUUUUAAUGAACAGAGCUUUCCUUCACCUCGGUCAGAAUAACUUUGCAGAAGCCCACAAGUUCUUCACAGAAAUUUUGAAGAUUGAACCAACAAAUGCAGUGGCCAACAACAACGCUGCGGUGUGCCUGCUGUACCUGGGCAGACUCAAGGACUCCCUGCGGCAGCUGGAGGCCAUGGUGCAGCAGGACCCCAGGCACUACCUGCACGAGAGCGUGCUCUUCAACCUGACCACCAUGUACGAGCUGGAGUCGUCCCGCAGCAUGCAGAAGAAGCAGGGCCUGCUCGAGGCUGUGGCCGGCAGAGAAGGGGACAGCUUUAACACGCAGUGCCUCAAGCUGGCCUAGGCCACACCUCGGGGCCUGGGCUCUUUGUAAACUGUGCGCAUUGGAGCUGUAUGUUAGUGUGACUGGCGGACUCAUAAAGCCUCUUCCACUGGUGUCUGAGAGCCUGUCCCCUUGCCCGGAGCCCUGGCCGAGGCUGCUCGGCAGGUGCUGAACUGCAGCCAGCUGGAUGCCCGCAGCUCCGCCGCCGUCUGUGGAUGCCGCACGUAAACGCCCCAGAACGGCGGCCACCGACAGGAGAGCCGCGUGACGGGUCAGGUCCCUUUCCCUUCCUCCUGGAAGCCACUCUGCUUCAUUUAUUAAUUCUGAAUAUCCCCAGAAAAGCUGGAAAAUGUGAUAUAAACCAUCCCCACUAUAUGCCUGAAUGUUCUAGAGGGUUUCCAUACCAAACCUGGUUGCCAUUCAUCCCCUCAUCCCCACACCCCCAAAAACGUCCAUUUUAUUCAUCUGAAUCUUUUGCAGCCGGUGCUGCACACCUCGGACAAGCGUGGUGACGGUGAAAGAAUCUGUCAUGUGCAUCGCAGGCGGGGCGGCUGCAUCCAGGGGAGUCGGCAGAGCAAAGGGGCGCUCCCUGCCCACGGGGGGGAUGGGGGCGGGGGGCUGGUGCGUCUGCAGCAGUGCCCACGCUGUCUGUCUGCUCAUGUCUGAGUGUCAGGACAUUGCUGUAAGGUGUACAACGUCAUUCCUGCUUUUAAAAAACCUAAAGUACCUGAAAAUUUCUUCACUUUUCUAAAGAUCUUUUGGCAGAUGUCCUUUAAAUAGCUAGCUCUCCUAAAACGUUCAUUUUAAAGACUCUGAUGUAAACAUCUAUUGCAUAAAGCUAAGCGAAGCUAUACUUCUAUUCAUUUUCAUUUUUGUAAUAAAGUAAAAACACAAACACAGCAUCUACCUGACAGAUAGUCUCAGCACAUUUGCUGAAAUUUAAAUUGCACAUUAAAAUAGAAGAUGACAUGACCAAAAGAACUGCUAGAUACCAAGGAGGUUUUAAAAUCUUUCUCUUCAAGAAGAAAGAAAAAUAAGAAACGUGUUUCAGAAGCCAAAAUAUCUGAUGAUGUCAUUUGAAUCCCUUCACCUUGAGGGUUUUCCUUCACAUCUGGCUUCGGGGUGAGACAAGGCCCAGCCUCCAGUUGGAGCCUGGCAGAGGCCGCGGGGGCGUCUCGUGGGGCCUGUCGUUUCCAGGUCAGUGGUUCAGAGCAGUCCCAGGUCAGCUGUGCAUAAAAGCCGAUAAUACUGCACAGGUUCCCUCGAGACAGAAGCCAAGCAAAUUAGAAACAGGACUCAAGGUUCCCCAGGAAAUUGAUACUUGCAUCGCAGAAUGCACUCUCCCUCCCCGACCUCCCUUCCCGAUGACUGGCGCCUCCUGGAAGAUGCCCCGCAGGUGGGCAGGCCGGGCACUGAACCCCCUGAACCGUGCCGUCCAGGCACCUGGGGCCUCUGCUCACAGGCACGGACCUGUCACCUCACUCCUCACUCGGGCACUUUUGCGAGUCCUUGAAGGUGGAAGAGGAAACACUGCUCCGAAUGUCCGUAAUGUCUGGGGAAUAGUCAUAAUUUAACUAGGUCACAGUUUUCCUUUAUCUUAAAAUUUAAAAAAUUAAAUGCAUCCCUGAAAUCUGUCUGAGUCGAGUAGAGUGAAUGACUGACAUUAAAGAGUUUAUAUUCCAACCUGAGAAACGGAAAGCUCCUAAGAGCAGGGGGCCUGCUGUUCCAUCAGUUGUUCUCACACAGUUGUUCCCGGCCAGCAGGCUCGGCAUCUCCUGAAUGCCUGGGAAAUGCAGAUUCUUGGCCCCACCCCAGACCCGCCGCAUCAGACACUCCAGCUGGGCCUGCAGUCUGCGUGUCCUGUGGGGCCCGUGAUGCUCCAAGACUCACGGGAGAACCCGUGCUGGAGCCUGGGAGCUGCGGUCAGAGUCCACGGCCUUCAAGCCACCUCUCGCAUGGCUGCCACCUUUCCUGCGUCCUCUCCAAGCUCGCUGCCUCGAGCCCUCUGCUGUGCCUCUCUCAAGGCUCAGUCAAAUGUCGCUCCACCUGGGAGCUUUCCUUGAACCCCCCAGGAGGAUGAGGGCACCUGUGGUCCUCGCUCCCCUUUUGCUUCCAUUCAGGAACCCUCCAGGCUGCUCCCACUGCAUAACCCUGCACAGCCCCCACUGCGGGGCUCUGGCUGAGACAGCCCUUGGCCUCCUCUAGUUCUCCUGUGGAAGCUUCUGGAAGGGCCCUCUGGGCAGACGCGCCUCCCAAGUGAUGCCACCAUGGUGUGCAGAGUCAGGGCUCAGCAGAGCUGCUGCACAGAGGGGGGCCCCAGAUGGGCAUGCAGCAGGGCACCUCGAGUGGCUCACAGGCAUCUUACCCACAGGCCCAGGCCCCCAGGUAGUCCUCGUAUCUCUGGCUCCAGGCACAGACAGACGGCACUUAUGCCAAGAACGCCUCUGCCAGCAGCGACAGGAGAGAGGUUCCAGGAUGCUGAUGGUGACAGGUCCUCCUGUGACAAGGAACAGGCCCAAUUCCAGGGAUGGACAGGACCACGAACAUCCUGCCUUGUAUGGAACCUGGGUCAAUGGGCCUUGGGCCACCAGGGUUCCUGGCGCCGGGAGCCAGGGCUGCUCGGUGUCAGACAGCCUGCCAGGGCCACCAGGAUGACCUGGUCACAGAGCCACCAAACGUGGCUCUUCUGCAGGCGAGGAAGGCCAGUAACAGCCCAAGUUGAAUGCCCCACCAGUUCAGAGGGAAGGGACCAAAGAUGGAUUUAAUUCAACUUAAAAAAGAGAAGAAUGGAUGUUUCUUGCAGUCCUGAGACCGUGGCCCAGACUUGAACUCACUCAAGUGGUCACCUUCCGGCUGGCGUCUCUCCCAGAGGCACGUCCUCUGUGCAGAACGCCACAUCGUGUCUCAUCUCCAGUGGGACCGAGCCUCCGCGGCAGCUCGGCGCCCUCUGCCGCCCACGCCCUCCAGUGCUUUCACGGAGUCGGUCUUGGGCAACACCCCUGAAAUCAAUGAGCGAGAACAAACACCGUGCAGACGGCGGGCCAACCCGGCAGGGGACGAGAGCACAACCACGCAGUUCUGGCCACACACACACGAGGGGAUUAUAACAUCCAAGAAAGUGGAGCUAUUAUUACUCUCCAGUGCAUGAACUAAGAAUGACAGGCUGUUUGUAACAGUUUGCAUCUUAAAAAGCCAUGAUACCAAUUUUCUUAUCAUUAUUAUUAUACCACUGAUAAUAAAACUCACUUGCCCAUAAA